CCGGCACUUCCAUGUGAUCAUCAGUUAAUGGUCUCUUUUUUCGUGUGCCUUUGAUCCCGGCUCUUAUUCCAUUUUUAGGGAUUCAAUUAGUAUUUUAUUCAAAUCCAAACACCAACAAUCACAUAAAUCUGUCACCAUAUCUUCAUCUGUUUAACCCAACUCAUUAGCUUUGCUUAUCGGGAAGGUCUUCUUCUCUCUUUCCUCUUUCUGGAUCAGUAAAAUUUGUUUUGUGUGCGUGUUUAUGAUUGCUGAAGAUUUGUCAAAUCGGAUGUGAAGCGGAUCGGAUUCGGUGAUUUGGAAUAUGAAUAAAUGGGUAUUUGGUCACUGAACAGAAGGCCAUGUGAGUUGUUUGAACAAAACAAAAGCGCUUGGGUUAUUUACUAAGGUAAAUUUGGGGACUUAUUGUGACAUGAGUAAAUGCAAAGGUUGUGGGAAAUUGGGAAGAAUGGCCAGGGACAUGAAUGUGGGCCCAUAUCAAAUAUCUCUACUUCAAUCUCCUGUUGUGUCUGUUUGGGAUUGUAUUGUGCGCAAGAUGAGGUACUCAUUCAGACCUGAGUGGGUGUAGCCUUGCAUAUGUCCCAAGUGUUUGUUCCUCUCUUUUUCUUCUAAUACAAUAGUUGUAUUCCAAGCACAUUAGAUAUUAUUAUAUGAUGAUGAAAGUUAUAGAAGGAAAUUAGGUGUAUACGCGUUAGGAAUUUAGCAAGGAAGAGAGUGAAUUAGUCUUAGAACUUUAGAAUCUCUCUAUGGAGUGCGGUGGCAAAGCACCGUUUGAUGGUAGAAAAGCGAAGAAGAAGCAAGUGAAGGAUGAGUUGGACCGGAUGAAACAGGCCGAGAAGAAGAAGAGACGUUUGGAGAAGGCAUUAGCCACAUCCGCAGCUAUUCGUCUUGAACUGGAAAAGAAAAAGCAGAAGAAGAAGGAAGAACAAGAACGGCUUGAUGAAGAAGAAGGUGCUGCAAUAGCUGAAGCAGUUGCCCUUCAUGUCUUAGAGGAUUCAAAUGAGGUAAUCAUGCCAAAGGAUGUCGAAAAUUUCAGCAUAGUUGGAAGCAGAUCAGGAUUCCCUCUUGAAUAUCACCACUCCAGAUAUUCUUCAUUCGAUGAAGGACCUAACUGGAUCUCUUCCAGCGACCAAUAUUAUGGAUCAGCUUGGAACAAUUAUGCCCACCCGGAGUUUACAGACUAUGGAAAUUGGGAUAUGACUGGAUUUUCGUCACUUCAGAUUGCUGAUGAUGCACAGGCUGGCACAUACAUGUUCAAUCGGAUGUUAUGAGUUUUUUAUGUAAUGUUUUUUCUCAAGAAAAAAAGAAAAAAAUUGUGGUUUUGAAUAAUGUUGUACAUAUUACAAGCAGACACUUAUCAUGUUUGCCAGUGUUGUUGUUUGUACUAUUUGUUAUGAUUGUGUGUAGUAGAUGUUCCCCUUGAGCUUGUAUUGAUGUGAAAGAUGUUGAUGUUUAUGAAAGUGCCUAGACUUCAAUUCAUGGUCUGUUGGAUUCCAG